CAUGUUGGCCAUGGAACAUACGAAUAACUUAGGUACUCAUCAAAAUGCAAUCCUUCCACCGUAAAUUCCACCAUCCCCAAUAUCUCCUCCUCCGUCCGUCCACCACCUUCCUCCUCCCUUUCACAACCAAUCUCAGACACCCACAAUCACCACGUUCCACCAUGUCAGUUUCUACAUCGUCCUUACAAGAAAACACAGAACAGUUGCUAAAACAAGUUCUAACUUAUCACAACCAAACCAAACAUUCGUUCACAAACUACGCCAGAGGUCCCCGUGGCCUUGAUUGGGACAACCAACCAAACCCUUUCCGCCGCUACAUCUCCGCCCCUCUCUCCCCUCUCCUCCACCCUUCUAAUUCCGACAGUUCUCCUCUUUACGAUUCCCUGUUCAAUUCUCUGCCUCCUCCAAAACCCAUCUCGAAAACCACUAUUUCCGAGUUCUUUUACGAUUCCCUCGCGUUAUCAGCUUGGAAAUCAACUGGGUUUUCCACAUGGUCGCUUAGAGUUAACCCUAGCAGUGGCAAUUUACACCCAACAGAAGCUUACAUCAUAUCCCCACCAAUUGAAUCCGUUUCCGAUUCUUAUUUCGUAGCUCACUACGCCCCAAAAGAGCAUUCGUUGGAGAUCAGGACUCAAAUUCCAUCUGAAUUUUUCACCAAUUUCUUUCCAAACGGUUCCUUUCUUAUCGGACUUUCUUCCAUUUUCUGGCGGGAAGCUUGGAAGUACGGCGAAAGAGCUUUCAGGUACUGUAACCACGACGUUGGUCAUGCCAUUGCCGCCGUCUCAAUGGCUGCCGCCGGUCAGGGGUGGGACGUGAAGUUGCUAGAUGGAUUGGGACAUGACGAAUUGAAGAAACUAAUGGGGCUUGAUGUUUAUCCGGAGUUCAAAAUUCCAUCAACAACAGUGAAAGGUAAACUUAACGAAAUUGAAUUUGAACAUCCUGAUUGUUUGCUUCUUGUUUUUCCAAACGGAAUUCAAGAAAUCGAUAUAAAUUAUAGAGAUUUAAGCUUGGCCAUUUCAAAAUUCUCCAAAUUAGAUUGGAAAGGAGAACCCAAUUCACUUAGCAAAGAACAUAUAUGUUGGGAUAUAAUCUAUAGAACAUCGGAAGCCAUAAAAAAACCAUUAACUAUAGAGAAAAACUUCAUUAUCGAAUCAUUUCAAAAGAGUGGAAAUUUAAGUGCGAAUUCAUACAAUCCCUUAACUUUAAGAGAACUUGUUAGGAAACGUAGGAGUGCAGUUGAUAUGGAUGGAGUUACAUCAAUAGAAAAAGAAAAAUUCUAUCAGAUAUUACUUCAUUGUCUUCCUUCGGGUUUUCAAGAAGGGCAAAAACGUCAAUUGGGAUUACCAUAUCGAGCCAUGGAUUGGGACAGUGAAGUGCAUUGUGUAUUGUUUGUACAUAGAGUUGUUGGUUUGGCAAAAGGGUUGUAUUUUCUUGUUAGAAAUGAAGAACACUUUGAUGAUCUUAAAAAGGCCACAAGAUCUGAUUUUAAGUGGGAAAAACCAGAAGGUUGUCCAUUGGAGUUGCCUUUAUAUGAGCUUGGAAGAGCCGAUUGCAUGAAGCUUUCAAAACAUCUUUCAUGUCAUCAGGAUAUAGCAAGUGAUGGUUGUUUUAGUCUUGGUAUGGUGGCACAUCUUGAGCCGACUUUAAAGAACAAAGGCAUGUGGAUGUAUCCACGUUUGUUUUGGGAAACAGGAGUUCUUGGUCAAGUCUUGUAUCUUGAAGCACAUGCGAUUGGGAUUUCUGCAACUGGCAUUGGUUGCUUCUUUGAUGAUCCCGUGCACGAUGUUCUUGGGUUAACGGGAUCGAACUACCAAAGCCUUUAUCAUUUCACGGUUGGCGGUCCUGUUGUUGACAAGCGUAUAAUGAGCCUCCCCGCAUAUCCGGGCCCCAUCAAUGACACAUAAAAGGCCCGGUUUACAUAAUCUCAACAACAUUCUUUAGUUUUGAAAGUAAGGAAAUUGUCGGUUGAGUUACAAGAUAUUUAUAAAGUGAUCAAGAGCCCAUUUUAUGGAUCAUUUGUAGAUAUAAAUGCAUGUACAGUAAUGCCCCAAAUAAGGGAUUGGCCUAGCUCAGUAACAUUAACAAUCUUCUUUCUAUAUCUAAGGUAGCGUUUGGUAAUGGGACAAAGUUGGAUUGGACUGAAUAGAACUGGGCUAAACAUAACUAAAAUUGAUUUUUAAUA